AGUUUGAUUAUAAUAUCAAGGACAUAACAAUGAGGCUCAUACAUAUUACUUCUGUGAUGCAUGCAUAUGUCCCAUGGUCUAUUUCUUGCCUAGACGAUGGAUAUUGUGACAUUUAUUCGAAAAUUCCUAAAACCUAAUGUGGUAUCAACUGUACUUACACAAGUUUGAUUAUAAAUAUCAAGGACAUAACAAGGAGGUUCAUACAUAUUACUUCUUUGAUUCAUGAAUAUGUCCCAUGGUCUAUUUCUUGGCUAGACGAUUGAUAUUGUUACAUUUAUUC